GAACAUGUACAUUAUUUAGAUAAUCUCAUGACUAAUCUAAUGACAGACACUUUCAUAAAUCAGGGGGUUUCCCCUAGUCUUAAGUAAAGAAUAAGGAGAUAAGAGGCAGGUUCGUGUGUGGAUUUCAUAAUUAAGUGUCCCACAGGAGUUGAGGGCUGAACACUGUCCGUCUCCAUGGUAACGCAGCUGGAAGCCAACAGCGUGGUUCCGUUGGAACUGACAGGCGGGUUGGUGUAGGUGGUGUCGACUAGUGCCACCACCUUCCCUCAUGGCAAACACACUGAUGGAGACAUGCUGCGGGUGUGAGGGCUGUGGUGGUGCAUGUGUGUAAUAAGCAGAUAGAUGUUGGAAGUACUGGGAAGUACUUCAAGUGACUCUGCAUCCACAACACACACUUCCACUGAAGAAACAAAACCCUGCAAAGUCAGCAAACAUCUUCACAACAGCAGCAGAGCAAUGAGGCGAUGUCGAGUUAAAGGGAAGCUGUGGCUCAGUAGAACGUGAAUUAGAAGUUUGAAUGUGACGUGCCAAAGUUACAUUUUAGUAUAUAGUUAAUACAUCAAAAUGUAGCCUGAAGGACGCUUGGACACAUACUGCACCUUAGAGGUAGAAAGAAAUCCUUCAGCAAUAAAAAGAACUUAAUUAGGUCAUCUUCAUUUAAAUCACCACUUGCCCCAUUUAGAACAAAUUGUAAUGAAUAUUUUUGAUUAGAUGAUAUAAUUUGCCAAGUUGUAAUCAUGAAAAUAUUUUAAAUAUCACAUUGCCUACAGUGUAAGAAGCUGCACACAUUUUCGAUCCAACCCGUGAAACCAAACUGACUGGUGAUGGUGCGAUGGGGAAUAAAAAGCUUGAGAAGCGCUACAAACUCACCAGACAUAAUUUGUGUUAGCACGGAAGCACGGAACGGCAUUGAACACGCGCUUUGGCGCUUCAGUGUGAAACGUCGCCAGUUUUGAAACACACCUGAAGUCUGAUGCAAGUCAUUCAUCUCCUCCGCGUUUGCAGGGUCGCCUCCGACUCGGAGGAGCACCUGCAGAAUCUGUGUUUGAGUCAUCAUCUUGAGAUUCCAGGAGGAACUGCAGCCUAAUUAAGCACAGGAGGAGGCGGUUAAUUAAUCCUGACAAACUGCUGCGAUCAUGUUGGGAUCCUGCAGCUCCUCCUGUCCUCAGAAAAUGUUACUAAGUCAACGUUACCAAGUCAGUGCAGAGUCCUGUGGAGAAAGAGCAGCGGAAAAGGUCACAAGCUUUUCAAAAGAUGGGAUGUGAAAUUAACACCGUGUUCACAUAUAAAUGAACCUGAGCCUGGUUAGUGGUCAACACUGGGAUCCUGUCUUCAGCGUUAGCGUUGACCUUAUCGUCGCCCGUCCAGUGACGCAACCUUGACCGCUUGCCUCCUCCUCCACCUUGUUGGAUGAGGAUGAGGAGGAAGACGAAGGCGCCUGCUUAUCACCAACACAUCCGACGCCAACAGAAGCACAGUAUCUGACGGGGGGCUUCCAGGGGGCUUUUCAUCAGUGGCUCCAGGUGCGGGCUCUUGUGAAGAUGCUGCCGUCUCAGGUGCGGCUGCUGCUGCCUCUGUUUUGCUGGGCGCUGCUGGGGCAGGUGAGCUCAGCUCCACACACAGACCUGUGGCCACAGGCACUGGGAGCAGACGAGGCGAGGAACAAGGAUCUCGCUAACUUGCUCCUCGACAGCUUUGUGUCUGAGCUGGUGGCAGCGAGAGGAGACCGGACGCUCCCAGAGCUGGAGGAAAAGGAGGAGGUGAUGCGGCGACACCUUUCUUUCUCCCAGAGAGAGCGCAAGGCAGGCUGCCGCAACUUCUUCUGGAAGACCUUCACGGCGUGCUAGCAGAGCUGCAGUCGUUUGGUGGUUCACUCUGGGGUCAGUGAAUCCAUGUUUCUGAAGUGGAUGAAUGCAGCAUGACAAAUAAAAC